AUGUCUGCUCCAAAAGAAGGAUUCAUCAUCCCAGCUUCUAUCUCCCACGCUGCACUCGGUCAGGUGACGAACAAGUCCUUAGGUGUAAGAUACAACUGUGCUCAGUGUGCUGCUUCUUUUUCAUUGUCGAAGAACGAUGCCAUCAGAUGCAAGGAAUGUGGUCACAGAGUCAUCUACAAGGCCAGAACCAGAAGAAUGGUGCAGUUCGAAGCUCGUUAG